CCCGGUUGCAACGAGACAGGGUCCAUCCUUGGUUAAACCGCCAUGGCGGUUUCUCACUCGCUCCGACUUGGUCUACUUGCACUGGCAGGCUCUGCUGGUAUCUUCCUCUGCUGGAAGCGAUAUCUGGCCCAACGUGAUCGAGCCAUUGCGCGAGCCUUUCAGAAGAUCAAGUCGAUGAACAAGGCCAUUGCACUGGUCGUGUCGGACGCGCGCAACGCGAGCUUCAGCAGGCGCAACCUUUCGAAGUACAUGGUGCAGCGGGGGCUUUGCCCCAGCGAGGACCUGCUACGGGACGCCACUUUGUUGGUGAGUCUGCUAGAGGAGUCUCGCGGUCCACCGGCGAAGUUCGCGCAUGAGCUGAAGCAAGCCGCCAUCGACGCCGAGCAUCUUCAGAGACUCUUUCCCGAGAUCCAGGCCAGCUAUGUCCAGCAGCCACUGGACUACGGCCGGAAUAGCCGCUACGGGGAUAACUGGCGCAUCUCUUGCUACAUGGUGGUCAUGGAGAAUUGGAAGCCCAAGAUCAUGCCGCACGAGCCGAUGCUCCGGUGUCUGGGGGACACCAUGCAGCACUGCGUGGCGCAGUUUGAGGCCUGGUACUGCACACUGAAAGGCUUCCGCCAGGGCAGCAAGCGCUUCUCCGUGAUGAACGCCUUUGUCACAAGGUACCGGCCAGUGCAUGGGGAGGACGAGCUGCAAAAGCACAUCGACGGCGCCAACGUGGACGGCUCGGUGAUCCUGGCACUGCCCACGGAGGAGCCCUUCGAGGGCGGGGCAUUGCACGUUUGGGACGGCAAGCCCAAGCAGGAGCUGGUGUACCAGAUGGCACCAGGUGACUGCAUGUUCAUGGACACCAAGAUCUGGCACCAGGCGAAACCCAUCUCCAAGGGUGCGCGCUGGGCACUGGUCCUUUUCCUAAAGCUGGAGAAGUGAGA